GGGCUACACUUAAAACACGGAAAUGUUAUAGCACUGGUUCAUCAGUGAACACAGAUCAGCUGCUUUCCUGUUGUUUGGAGGUGGUGAGAGGGAAAUGUCGGUGGGAGUGACGAAACUACCGAAGCGCAAAUAAAGCCGGGUGAUUGUCAGAAACUCGCCGCCGUCUCAUUUCUUAACGUGACUGACAAAUGGCGUUCCUACGGAGUAACCUGGCGCCUGUGGUGUUUUGCGCGCAGGUCGCCAGCUCGUUUUUCGACACCGGCCUCCAGUUGGUUGUAAAGCAACGGUACGAGAAUACCACACACCCUGCAGCCGGAGGAGACCAGCCGCAAAAGUCCAUCGCAUACUUUUACAUGAUCUUUAACAUCUUAACCAAGGUGGUGGCCAUCAUCCCGGCGUUCUUGCUGGCUCGAAUCGGAGACAAGGGCUAUCGGAAAGUUCCUGUAGUAGUGCCCCUUGUCGGUUACUUCAUUUCACGUGGGUUGCUGUUGUUUGUCAUUGCGUUUAACUGGACAGUAGAAGUGAUGUACGCGGCUCCCAUCGUGAACGGUCUCUGCGGCGGCUUCUCGUCCUACUGGCCCGGCGUGAUCGUACUGGUGUCGCUGAGCACGAGCGAGCAGGACAGGUCUCUGCGCAUCAUGUGCAUAGAGCUCACGUACGGUAUAGCAGGCUUCCUGGGGAGUCUCGCGUCAGGUCACCUGUUCCAACUCUAUGCGCUCGAGCACCGGCAGGGAGUUGUGCUCGCGUGCGCGAGCGUGAUGCUGUACUUUCUGUGCCUCGUGUACGCGGCGUGUAUCUUUCAAGUCGGCACGCGCACGCCGCCCGCGGACGCAGAUGAGAGGCGAGAUGGUGAGAGGGUCGGGAUCCUGAGCAGCGUCAAGGCCAACGUCGCGCUCCUGUUCGCCGCCGGGAUCCUGUACGACAUGGCGGUGGGGGGUGGCGUGGAGAUCAUGAGCGUGUACGUGCUGGUGGAGCCGCUGAACUGGACUGCCACGCAAGUGGGCUACGGCAACGCCGCCGGCUCGGUCAUUUUCAUUACCAGUUUCCUCGGCGUGAAGCUGUUCACACGGUGCUCCCUGAGUGACACAACCAUGAUCCUGAUAGGCAUGUUCUCCUUCCUCACAGGAAUCUACUUCAUGACCUUCGUUACAACCACCGCCACGUAUUUCUUAGCUCGUUCGCUCACUUUGUUCGCACUCAUUCCUAUGCCCAUCAUUCGCUCACUUCUGUCCAAGCAGAUCCGAGGAUCAUCAUAUGGAAGGACUUUAACAGGGCUUCAGCUGUCCUUCCAAUUGGCUGGUUUAGCUACAACCCCUAUCUUCACCAAGGUCUACCAGUCCACACUGCACACCCUUCCAGGGUUUGUCUUCACCCUAUCGAGUAUCAUCACAUUCCUCGCCAUGAUUCCCAUCAGUAUUGUCGGCUGUCGUUCUGCAAGGCGGGAAGGCUAUGAGAGAUUUUAAGGGAAUUGAAGCUUCAUGCAGGGCAGCUCCAGGGUUCAAAUUUCCGUAUGCGCAGUUUCACAGGUGCUACCAUGUUGCUCUGGAUUCUCAGGUUUCCUCAAGCCAUCCAAAAACAUGCUAGUAGGUGGACUCGCUAUGAUAAAUUGCCCUUGGUGUGAGCGCAUAUGCAUAGAAGCUAGAACCAGCUAGAAGCACUUAGUGAAGAUGAAUGAUUAAAUGAUGAAUGAAUGAACCUUUAAGCAUGGUACAUUUCCAAGUAACAAUGUUUUAAUUACCAAAAAAUGUUUACUGGGAUCUUGUCAUUGUCAGUUCACUGGUACUUUGUAGUGUAUAUGUAUAUAUAUAUAAUAUAUAAUAUAUAUAUAUUUUUCUUAGUUGUGUGUUAUAAACAGUG